GUGGUGUUGCAGGGGGAGGGGGGAGGUGGUGAGGGGAAAAGAAGAGGACGAGGAGGGACCCGAGACGUGAUGGCCGCCGCCGGCAGCUCCGUGUGAGAGCCCUCAUUCGACCCCCCGGCCUCUCUUUCUCCCCGAAGUGGACCUGCCCGCCUCAGGGAAGCAGCCGCGGCCGAGCGGGAGCGGGGCGACUCUCCAUCCCCUGACUGACAGGCAGACACUCAGACUUCCAGCUGUUCCCCUCCGGGCUUCGGCCUCCUCCUCCUGCUGCUGCCCUGCUCUGCUAGGCGUCCCCUCGAGGUCUCCGUCAGUGUAGGGGGAGCAGUUUGGAGGUCGCGAGCGUGUUGUUUGUGGCCUGGUUAGGUCUUCAGUGUGGAGAGGGAGGCGGAAGGGGGGCGUCCUAGUGAGCUCAGGUGUUCGGUGAGGCUCUCCUUUGAGGAGGGAGAGGCUGAGGGGUCUGCAGGAAGGGGGGGAAGAUUUUCCCUUUUUGAGGUUGGGCCAAGUGGGCUUCAGCCGAUUAAGGGGCGAGGCUCCUUAGAGACCCUAUGGGACUCGAUAGAAGGGAAGGUUUUCAGAGUAGGGCUAGGUAGAUAUUGGGAAGAACUGGAAAGGUCUUUUUUAUUUGGAGGGUUCAUGGUCUUCUGUUUGAAGGGGAAUUGUGUUUUUUUAAAAGGGGGGGAGGACCGGUAUUUUGGCAGAGCUCUGGGAGGGGCUUCUUCUACCCAUUCAGUUCAGAUAGAUCUGUAUAGCACAGGUCGGGAGAGCAAACCCUUGUGGUGCAUUUUGGGCUCCUUCGCUGACAGGAUUGUAUUGGGGUCAUGCGGGGUUUCCAAAUCUGGGUUAGGUGACAGUUUUAAUGUUGGGAGGUGAGGAGGGCCUGGUAGCGCAUGAGGUGGAGGGCCUUACAGGGUGUAAAGAUUGAACUUAAGCGGCUUCACGUUGCUGGAAGAAAGAAGCACUUUGUGAGGGCUUGGGUGGGAGGCAGUUUUCAAGGAGCUAUAGAGAAUGGUGUUGAAUUUUGGGUGUCAUCUUGGGUUUCCCUGCAGGUAGUUGGCUUGUUGGGUGUGGAAUACUAGUAGUAGUCUAGUAAUUAGACUGGUAGUUAAUGAAACGGGUUGCAAUUAGCCUGUGUUGCUUGGGGUGAGACAGUUCAUCCCAUAUCCGCUGUGAAUUUCCCUCCAUCUCUCCUUGGUGCGGUUCUCCAUCAAGCGCCUCUGAUGCCAGAACAAGGCCCCAGAAUGAACGGUUUCUCUCUGGGCGAGCUAUGUUGGCUCUUCUGCUGCCCACCUUGCCCCAGCCGCAUAGCUGCCAAGCUGGCUUUUCUGCCCCCAGAGCCCACGUACACUGUGAUGCAACCAGAACAGCAGGAAGGUGGGGCUGCUGCAGUGGGGACGCCGACAGGUAGCUGCAGCCUGCACUUGACUGAGCGGGCGGACUGGCAGUAUUCCCAGAGAGAGCUGGAUGCCGUGGAAGUCUUCUUUUCACGCACAGCCCGGGAUAACCGGCUGGGAUGCAUGUUUGUACGCUGUGCUCCUUCUAGCCGGUAUACACUGCUGUUCUCCCAUGGCAAUGCUGUUGACCUGGGCCAGAUGUGCAGCUUCUAUAUUGGUCUAGGCUCCCGCAUCAACUGCAAUGUUUUCUCGUAUGAUUACUCUGGUUAUGGAGUGAGCACUGGUAAACCAUCUGAAAAAAACCUUUAUGCAGACAUCGAUGCAGCUUGGCAGGCCCUCAGAACAAGGUAUGGGGUCAGUCCUGAGAACAUCAUUCUGUACGGACAGAGUAUUGGAACCGUUCCCACUGUGGACCUGGCAUCUCGGUAUGAGUGUGCCGCUGUAAUCCUUCACUCGCCCUUGAUGUCUGGGUUGCGGGUAGCUUUCCCGGACACUAGGAAAACAUACUGCUUUGAUGCUUUCCCAAGCAUUGACAAGAUCUCUAAAGUAACCUCUCCCGUCCUGGUGAUUCACGGUACCGAAGAUGAAGUAAUAGAUUUCUCGCAUGGUUUGGCGAUGUACGAGCGAUGUCCCCGGGCGGUGGAGCCCCUGUGGGUGGAGGGGGCUGGCCACAACGACAUAGAGCUUUAUGCACAGUACCUAGAACGACUAAAACAGUUCAUAUCUCACGAACUCCCCAAUUCCUGAAGAAACCUACUUGAUCUCUUUUCCUUUUCUUCUUCUUUUUUUUUUUACCUCAGUUAACUGUGAAUGGAAGAAUUUACCUGUUUUUGCACAUGCAUUAACUGGCUUAGCUGUAAUAGCUUUAUACUAUGAAUAAAUGCCCUCUCAUUAGGGUUUAUCCAAUCAGCUCUCGACUGUCUUUUUAUAUCAGGAAACUGUUCUAACAGUCACUACUGUAAUCCCAAUUGUUUUUUUACCUUCAACACGCUAGAAAAGCUGGCAGUUUUAGAAGGGGUGCUAGCUAAACUUGAGGGAUACUACUUAAUCUAGCAGUUAUAAUACUUCCAACUUUUUCCCUACCCAACCCUUCAAGUUGCUUGUCUUAUAAUGUUUUCUUUCUCUUUGAGAAAAAAAUCUUCCCACAAUCUGGAAUGCAAGAAAUCUGGAUGAUAGCUUCCUACUGAUUUAUGGAACCAGUCUAAGAGCAUUCUCCAUGUAAAAUUUCUAGCUGUGCUAUUGUAACUGGAAAGGUUUUUUUGUGGUGAUUUCUCAUUGUGUUUUUUUGUUUGUUUUUUUGCCAACCUUACCUUCCUAAGUAAAUUAAUUAAUGAAAAUUUCCCGGGGUCACAGAUUUUUAAAUGGGGCUAAUUCUGAAAUGACCUUUCACCAGUUUUCUGCAUAUUUACAAAAUAUUCCUAAAGGAAUAACGACUGAACGGCUAAACCCUUUAAUUCUUUUUACUUUUUAAAAAAUGUGUAAAUUUACUAAACCCAGUUAUUCAGAUGAUGUUUACACUCUGAAUAAAAGCCAACUUUGGCAUUUCCUUGUGUAAAGCAUUCCUUAUAGAGGUUUUUAAAAGUAUUGUACAUAAGUGUAUUUACAUUUAUGCAUAACUCCUGAUUGGUAGUUUAAAAUUUAAGUCUAGUUAACAAAUUCUGGUUUGUAUAUGAAUACAUUUUGUUAAAGUUUUUAUCCCUGCAUUAUUUUGCUAUUAAAAGUUUUAUAAGAUUUCCAGGACAACUAAAAAUAUUUACACAUUUGUUUUUGACAAAUUUAUGUAAGAAACUUUCAUUGAAACUGAUCCUUUUUGUUUAGGGGAAAUUUUUCAUUCUCUGACACUGGAAUCGCACAGAAUAUGCAAGACAAUUAAAUCAUUACACUAAGAGGCCUGAGGUUUUUUCCCAAAUUGUACGGCCUUAAAUGUACUGUAAGCCUCUGAUUGUUGUAAAAAUGGAUUGCGAUGGAUUAUGGUUUGUGUUCUUGUUGCCAGAAUGCAACAACAGUGAUUGUAAUGGAAUAAAGGAUGCAUGGAAUAGAGAA